AUGGCAUCAUCAAGGAAAUCAUUAUCAUCUAAAUUCUCACUUGAGGUACGUGGUUCCAAGAAAGUUUCAUCUCCGAAACCCACCAAACCUCAAAGUAGUACAGGAAAAAAGACUGGAGUUGCAAGUAAAUCAUCCUCCGGUGAAAAGGUGGAACCCAGUAAAACAUCAUCUUCUGAAAAAUUGGAGAAGACCGAGAAAGUUGAAAAAACUAGAAAGGUCCGGACAAAAUCAAAGGUUGAUGGAAAGGAACCUGAUCGCUCAAGUGGUUCCUCAGCUAGUUCCCGAUCUCCAGCCAGACAAUCAAGUACUUCUCGAGGUCAAACGUCUCGAACAGCUAAGGAUAAUAAAGUAGUACGUCCAAAACCUGUUCAGGCAAAGCAUGCAAAAACUGUGAAAGACACAACUGACAAUGUCUCAAAAGACCAAUCAGAAUCUAGUCAAUGUGCUACAGUAUCAGCGUGUGGGGUAAAGUUAGGAACAGUGAACAGUGUAAACACGCCAUUGCCAUCUGCUUCUGAUGACUCGACUACAGCAACAGUUAGUUUAAAAGAUGUAAAUCUUGAUUUCAAAGAUGUAGGUCAUGUUGAUAGUGAGGAGGGCAGUAGGGAGAAAACCACUGCACAGAAACUAUUCCGGCCUAUAUUUAGACUAGGGAGCAAUGAAUCACAGAAGACUGAUGAAGAGGAAAACCUUCCAAGCUUAGAGCUGAAUUCUGACACUUCUAGUCUUGAGCAAGUAACAGAUCUAUCCAGUUCUAUAACUUGUCAGUCAGGUGUUUCACAGCAAGCUGUCAGUGACUCUGUUACAACAUCUGUUAGUUUCAGCAUAUCAGAGAGUACAAGCACUUCAGAGCUUACCUCUGCUACGGUAGAAAAGUCACCGAAAUCUAGUCGUGCCCAUAGGGAGAGCAUUAAUGAUGAAUUGGAAGAAAUGUCUCUGUCGUCGUCUGGGUUUUCCCCUUGUAGUACGACUGCAAGUUUCCGGAGUUUUGAUGGCAGAAGUAGAAUCGAUGAUUUUAGCGAUGACAAUAGUGACUGUCCGAGGCUGAGAGAAAGCAUAGACCUCAGCGAUGACAUGCAAGACAUGGAAGUUGCAAGUUUUACUGUUCCUCUAAAUAAACAGCUUCGAAUUGUCACCUCCAUGGACCGAAGUCUCCGCCCCUCGGCACCUGAUCGCCGUGCCAGUUCUCCGGCCAACAUGGAAGCACAGACUGGAGGAGGCCUCCUCAAACGUCUUUCCCAUCAUCUUCUGUUUGUAGACUUCAUGAGACGGAAAGGCUUGUCAUCUUUCCUGAACAACUUCCCUUCUGAUAUGACCAUUGACAGCUUCAGACACCUGACGGAUGGUGAACUACAAGAAACCUACCAUAUCGACAAUUCAAGUGUACGUGCAAGGAUCAUGCAUGCGGUGGGGCAGGCCAGCAGGGAAGAUCUUGAUACGGAUGAGUCUGACAGUGGCAUGGCAGGAUCCCCUGGGCCUGUAUCACCACGGAUACGACGCCCAGCCCAGGAUGAGUUCCCCCUGGGUCUUCAUAUGCCUGGAGGGAUCCGCCGUCUCCAACGCACUUUGUCAGAGGAUUAUAGAGGUCACCGGCGACGAGAAAGUCUUCCUAGUACUCCUACAGGGCUACCCACCAAUCUUAGUGCCUCUGGACACCUGGGACACAGUGUUGGAGCACUGAUAGAACCAACAAAUCUCAUGAGGAUGAGGAACAUUGUCUUGGGACAGUCAGCACCCUCCCUAACUGGCAUGAAGGACUUCACAUACGGAAGGAGAGGAAGUCGUCAAAGAAAGUCUAUGGUUGGCCCAAACACAUCCCCUGUACUGUCAGCUAGAUGUCCAUCACCACAGACACUGGGAAAUAGUCCACAUGAAAGUCCACGUAACAUGUCCCCAAACCAGCAUGGAAAUUUCGCCUUCCACAACGUGAGGAAGUGCGAUGGAAGACGCUGGUCGUUUGCUUCUCUGCCGUCCUCGGGUUAUGGGACCAACACCCCUGGAAGUUCAAAUGUUUCGUCACAGUAUUCCUCCCAAGAAAAGCUGAACCAGAUAGCCUACCCUAUGGGAGGUGACGAGCUCACACUUUUUACACGGAACCUCACCAGUGCUGAUCAUACAGUUGAUGAGGAUGGCGGCCACUCUCCAGUGUCUCCGCUGAUGCGACCACGGUCGCGCAGUCUCAGUAGUCCUGGUCGCUCUCCUGGUGGAGAUGAAAUCAUUAUGAUGAACAGCGUCUACAAGGAACGAUUCCCCAAGGCUACCGCACAGAUGGAAGAGAAACUAAACAACUUUAUAGAACAGAAUAAGGUGUUGCCGACAGAACAGGAGGGUGAUGCAAUCACACGCUUCCUUCACCACCAAGUGAUGGAGCUGGCACGUGAUUGUCUCACCCAGUCACGUGACAAACUCAUCACACGCUCAUACUUUUUCGAUCUCUCAGACAAACUUGAGAAACUUAUUGAAGAUGCGGAGGAGCGAGAGUUUGUGGCGUACAACUACAUUUAUCCACUGGUGAAGAAGUUACUUCUCAUCCUGUCUCGUCCAAUCCGUCUACUUGAAUGUCUGGAAUUUGACCCUGAACAGUUCUACCAGUUAUUGGAGGCUGCAGAAGGGCAGGCCAAGCAGACCAUCAAAGCGGACAUACCUCAGUAUAUUAUCAACAAGUUAGGACUCAAUAGAGACCCACUGGAAGAGAUGGGGAUUGGGAUGGACGACCAAGACGAUUCAGUGGAAGCUGAUGAAGAGUUUAUGGAGAGAAGAGAUUAUGUGCCAAAGUUCAAGACGCCUCGUGAGGAGGAUUUUGAGACAAUCAAAUUGAUUAGCAAUGGUGCUUAUGCAGCGGUAUACUUAGUACGUCACAAAGACAGUCGCCAGCGGUUCGCCAUGAAGAAGAUUUGUAAACAGAAUCUAGUCUUACGAAAUCAAACAGAACAGGUAUACACAGAGCGCGACAUUCUAAGCUUUACAGAAAACCCGUUUGUCGUCAGCAUGUACUGCAGCUUCGACACCAAGAAACACUUGUGUAUGGUGAUGGAGUAUGUGGAGGGUGGCGACUGUGCAAACUUAGUGAAGAAGUGGGGGCCUCUUCCCUUUGACUUGGCAAGGAUGUACUUUGCAGAAACAGUGCUAGCAUUGGAGUAUCUCCAUAGUUAUGGUAUUGUCCACAGAGAUCUCAAACCAGACAACCUUUUAAUCACAGCUACAGGUCAUAUCAAGCUGACUGACUUUGGUCUUUCUAAAAUUGGACUCAUGAGUUUGACCACCAAUUUGUAUGAGGGUUCACUUGAUAAGGACUGUAAGCAGUUCCGUGACAAGCAGUUAUUUGGAACGCCAGAGUACAUUGCACCAGAGGUCAUCCUCCGACAGGGCUAUGGUAAACCUGUGGACUGGUGGUCAAUGGGGAUCAUCCUGUAUGAGUUCCUGGUCGGGUGUCCACCAUUCUUUGGAGAAUCUCCUGAGGAACUCUUCUCACAAGUCAUUAAUGAGGAAAUUGAGUGGCCCCAGGAGGAGGAAUGGCAGGUGCGUGAUGACGCUCGUGACCUUAUCACCCAGCUGCUGCAGCACAACUCGCUCAACCGUCUGGGGACAGGUGGCGCCAAUGAAGUCAAGGAGCAUAUAUUCUUCUCAGAUGUUGACUGGGAGAGAAUCCUUCGGAAAAAGGCAGAGUUUGUGCCGGAACUGGAGGAUGAGGAGGAUACAAGCUUCUUUGACACACGGAUGGAUCGUUAUAACCAUGACUUAGAUGCAGACGACACAGAAGAUGAUGGCGAUGAUGUGUUAUUUCAGAGCUUUUCUUCUUGUUCUCCUCGUUACAGCAAAGUCUACUCCAAAAUAGAAGAGCUACAUGAACAGAGCAAGGAAAAAGAGAAUCGGCGUCGACAUUCCAGUGCAGAUGAGAUGCGCACCAGACUACUGGAGAAACAGGCUUUAGAUAGAAAAGAUUCCAACCAAUCAGAGGGCUCCGAUUCCUCAAGUGAGAUCCAAGGUUACCUCCGUCGCGACACCAGUAGCACACUUGUUGACACUUUGGAUCGUAAUGAUGGUUCUAUGAAGCUUGAUGAGGAUGUGUUUAGCUCACCAGAAAGCACACCCCGCUCACAACCUAAGACCAGCACACCAGAGAGUGCAGAGAGAGAUGACUCCAGCUCAAAGAAACAAGAAAUCCGCCCACCAGUUAUCAAAAGCAUCAUUCCCAAAUUUGCCAUUUCAACAGACGAUGACAAGGGGCAAGGAAUAUGCAAAGAUGUAUUUUCAGAGUUGUCACCAGUAGAUGAGAACAAGGAGAAGGGGAAUGUGACACUGCCCACUACCAGUGGAGGACGGAAACACCUACAGAAGUCUGCCUCAACCACAGCACUUACACUUCUCAUACAACCCACAGAUGACUUUAUGGCUGCACCAGUGACCUCCCCAGGAUCAAGCACAAGUUCUCGGGAUGGUUCUCCAUCAAGGGAUGUCUCACCACUUGCACGUAAUCUCAAACCACCAACCAUCAUCAAGAGAGGAGCACGUGGCUUUGGGUUCAACAUACACACAAUUCGUGUUUACCAGGGUGACACUGAUGUCUACACCCUUCAACACAUUGUCGUGAGUGUUGAACAGAACAGUCCAGCAUUUGAGGUAGGAUUAAGACCAGGUGAUUUGAUCACCCAUGUUAAUGAUGAACCAAUCCAAAGUCUACUCCAUACACAAGUGAUCCACCUGAUCCUGAAGGGUGGAAAUGUUGUCCACAUCCGCACCAUCCCAAUGGAAAGUACCACCAUCAAGACAGUACAGAGCAAGCGGCGUAGCCACCCAGGCAAAAUGGCUCGUCGUUCUAGUCAACGCAAACGACAGGAGCGCAAAGGGGAGAAAAAGAAGGGUCGGUCCUUGCUACGGCGUCUCAGUUCCAAGAAGACUGAGCACCACAUCCUGCCAAGCUCACCUCUGACCUCAUCGCGAUCCUAUUCCUCCAGUACUUUCAGUAAGUCCUGGUCUUGUGGUGACAGUACUCCAGGAUCUGGGAAGGCCAAUCGAUCAUUACCUAUUUCCAUGCCAUGGUCACCAGAUUCAUCUGCAGCCAACUCAUCCACUAGUUCAUCACCAAGCUCUUCAGCCCCAAAUUCCCCUGCAAGUUCCUCUCAGUUUUGUCGACCAAGCUCUCUACAUGGACUCAAGCACAAACGUGCACAGAGCCUUAAAUCUCCACAUCGUCGUAAGUCAGUGCAUAACAUCCCCUUGUCUCCACUAGCUCGAACGCCCUCACCUUCUCCAAUGCCACCUGCUUCUCCAACACGAAGUCCUAGUCCUCUUGCUCUCGCCCACGGGCACCAGAUUGGCAGCUCUAACAUGGUUCAGCAAACUAUACCAUCUCACCUCAACUCAUCAACACAGGCUCAAGCUACAACACCCGUUGCAAGAAAGCCGUCAUUUACACGUCCCAAAAGCUGCGAACCUGGUUCUCCUUUACUACGCCGAGCUUUAUCACCUGACAGGCUACACCCAAAUUCAGCAGAGAAAGUCACAUCUGUGCAAAGGAAGGCUUCACUACAAGAAAAAAAGAGUGGUCUCUCUGACGCGCUAUGACAUAAAUGUUGUGAUUACUCUUGCGUCAAAGGAAUUAAUUAAUUAAGGGCUCAACUGCAAUCUUUGUGUUUGAUGCGAUGUUCUUUUUUGGCCUCACCAGAGCAUCAGGAAUGUAUCAGUGAUGGUUGAAAAUGUUAUGCUUGAUUUGACUUCGGUCAUCAGGCAGACAGAAAUGUCUGUGAUGUGCUCAAUGUGACCUACAGAGAAGGACGUGGGAUUCCCUGUAUACGCUUAAUUUGGUCCUUUGCGGGCAGCAUGUAACCUUUCAGGAGGGUUUAUUACUACAAUAUGCCUGCAACAUUUUUUGAAAUAGUUGCUUUUUCAGUGUGCUCAUGUUUAGGUGUUCAAUAAAGUUGUCUUGUUUACAGAUUUAACUUGGUGCUGUGUGUGAGGGGAAGGCUUUUCAAGAGUAAUAUUUCAUACCAUCUGAAAAAAUAAUGGAAUGUUAUGACUGGCAUUUUACACACACAUGACAAAGAUGGUUAUGUAAGGAUUGAUAUGUAGCCCUGCUUGAGGAACUGUCAGAUAUAAUUGUUUCUCAUACAUAUCUUCAACAGUCCUGAUUGGAACUAAAGCAUUUACUUCAAGAUGUAACAUAACGAGUAUGCAUUAACAAAUUGAAAGGCAAAGAAUAUUUCAUUAUAUAUCUUACGCUAAAGUGUUAGUGCUAGAUAGUCUAAAAAUAAUGGUGUAAAACAUACACAUGUGAUAACAAGCCAGCAAUUUCUUAUAACAGUAUCCGUUAUCUGUUGAAAUUAUCUAAAUAUAUAUAUACCUGGUAUAUAUGUGUGUAAUAUCUAUCUAUGUAGCACCAACUCACAUGUUCCAGGAACAGAAAUUGUAAAUUAUUACUCAUAGAUUGUUUUUCAUCGUUUACCAGAUGUGUGUCAUGUGAUAUUAUUAGCAUAUGUUUGUGUUAAUUAUUAGCAUCUUGCCUGUGAUUCAAUUUGUACUACUAUGUGCUUUCAUCAGUGUCCACGACAGGACAAGUCAGUAUGUCGGACGAUUGAUAGGGAAUGUCACCAAUGUGACUAGCUGUUGGAGACUUCAUUGUGACAUGACGAUAGAAUGGCAAGCUUAUAUAUAGACAUAGAAAAGAAACUAGAAGAAUACUCAACUGUUUUGCAAAUUUUAAUAUUGUUAUUUUGAAUAUCAUUUUACAUUGAUAUUGUUCCAUCUGAUCAUUGUCAUAUUCCAGCAAUUUCAUUUCAGUCAUUCUUGUUCAAAUCCUUGUCUGGCUAAGUAAGAUAUUUCUGCUGGUGAGAUAUUUCUGAAAAAUACAGUAAAUCUGGUAAGGGGGACAUCAAUCUAAAACAUUGUCAGAAAUUGAAUGAACGUAUUCAUUAAACCCCUCACCCCAAUUAUAUGUAGAUGUUAUCUCAUUGCUCAUCGUGAAUGUCCAGUUUGACCACUCAAAUUGCAUGCUGAUGAUAUAUAUAUAUAUAUAUAUAUAUUGAUAUAUAGCUAAUGUCAUAUUCCAAAAUGAGGCAAUGUGAGGAAGAAGUUGACAUCCUUUCCUUAUCCACCGAUUAUCCCAGCACUGUUUGACAUCUCUUUUUUUCUUUUCUUUUUUUUUUUUUUUUGUUUGUUAGAAAUGCCUUCAUAUAGGACACCAUAUUGUCUGCAAUAACAACUUAAUCCACAUCCGUGUAGUCAGCUGUUUUUAAGCUUUGGUGGCACAUAUAUUGUAAAUAUAUUAUAAUCAUUGGUUGAAAAAUUGUGAAUUCUAUGUUUUUUGAUUUAUUACUGUUUGGCUAUCCCUCAGCAAAGGUGGACCACAUUUCACUAUAAGGACAUGUGCCGUAUCUGUUCAUGCAGAAUUUGGGCAGAAAAAAAAUAGCUUCACUGUAAAAUCCCUUGAAUGAAAUUUGUGUACUGAUAGAAUAAGUUUUGACAAAUGUUGAAAAAUGUCUGUUUUAAGUGAGUAAGAAAUUUGAAACUCUGUAUUCGAAAUUAUGGAGUGAAAGAGACCAUGGAGUUAUAUAUAUGUAAAGUCAGCAAGAAUUUGAACAAGAAGGUCUGAUUUUUUUUUCUCAUUUAAUCAUUUAGUUAAAAGUUCAGUCUGUAGUUUGAUAAACCUGCAUAACAGUAUAUUUGACGUAUUUACUUGUAUUUGGUUCUGUUGGUGUUGAUUAUAUCACACAGGUUACAAGUGAUAACUAGAAAUACACUUAUGCUUUAAUUGAUGUUGAAAGUAUUGUGAUGACUUGUAAUAUUGUAUAACUACGCUUAUUUUUUGAACACCUUUAUGUCUGUCAUUCUUGGGUGUAAACAAGUUUAUUUUCUGUGAUGAAUCAGAUAACAUAUAUUGAAAAGUAUUUUUUCGGGGGAUGAAGACACAAUUUCCAGAAAUGUUAUUUGUGCAAGGCAUUUACUUCUGUGAUGAACCAAUAUUAUCUUUUCAGUUACCUGAGAAACCAGAGUCCCUUUACUACUGUUACCAUGAAAACCAUUGAGUAUACAUAUACCCAGGGUUUUUUCCAUUCACAUGGAAAUGGGCCUUUUUUAUUUUUUAUCUCAUUUUGGAAAAACAUGAUUGAUUGGGAAGGAAAUUUGUAGGAGUAAACUAUAUACUGAAAAGAUUUUGUCACAUUAUGAAAUGAAUCCAUUUGGCAAGGAUGUCCAUAUUUUGCCAAACAAAGCCCCUGGAAAAAGGUCUGAUACCCUUCACCACAGGAACCAUGGUAACCAUGAUGUACCCUUCAAUGCAUUCACCCUGGGAUCCAUAAUGUACCCUUCACUGCAGUCACCAUGGAAACCAUGAUAUACCCUUCAUUUCAGUCGCCAUGGAAUCCAUGACUUACCCUUCACCAGGAAUACCAUGGAAACUGAUAAUUUCUUUUCUAUAGUCAUUUUGUAACCAUCUAGAAUUUGCAUUUCAAUUUAAGUGGCUGCAGCAUGCAGUUUACAUCAGUAUAUUAUGGACACCACUGUAAGUGUUGAUUAGUCAAAUGAACAUGUAUCUCAAUUUCCUACCAACUAAACUGGCUUCAAUAGGAUACUGUUAACAAAAAAUUGCUUUCUUUACCAUUUAUCAUUCUGCAAUCAGUGGUAUCUAAUUACUGUAAGUUUUUUUCAGCUCAUAUUUGAAUAGCAGAGUUUUGACCUCCAAAGGAAGGAUUACCCCUCUGUUUAUGAAAUUUCUAUAGAAAUGAUAAAGUACUUUUAUGUGACUGCUUGUACAGGGAUAUCCUAUUUUCCCAUAUUUCUACCAACAUGAAAUUCUGUUGACCUUAAUAAAAACUUCAGUGAGACAGUCUCCGUUACUAUAGCGAUAAUACAUGUUAUGAGACCUUCACCACUUUAUAGUAGUAUCUGAUGCUCCCUGACCCCUGACCCAUGACCCCUGUGACCUUCAUUUUGUAAAUGUGCAUUAUUUAUUGAAUUUCUAAUUUAUUUGUUGUAGAUAUCUGUAAUAGAAACACAUUACAUUUUUAUUAUCAGAAUUUUGUAAAAAUUUGAAAAAUUCUCUUUGAAAAGUCAUUUAUUUGUAUGUUGUUUGAAACAAGUAUGUAAGAGAGAGUUUAAGAUACUGAGGUAUAGAGUGAACAAAAUGACCUGUCAUUAUUUGGUCUCUUAAUUUGAUUAACAUAAAAGUUUAAAAAUAGUUGAUAAUUUUUUUCUCUUUUGAAGUUAGAAAAAUCACUUUUUCUAGUUUUGUGAUGAAAAAAAAAAAAAAAAUAGAAAAAACUAUAUUCUGUUUGCAAGCAAGAUGUCAACAAUUUUCUUCAAUGAAGUUUGAUGAUGUUUCUUUCCUUGCUGGUAAUAUGUGAAUAUUUUGUAAAUUAUAUGAGAUUAAUGACAAAUUACAAAGCGAGUAUUCCAUCUCAUAGUUUGUUAAAUUUCUAGUAUUUCUAAUAUCUGCAAUAUAUUGGAAGUGAUUUCCUCUACUAAUGUGGUAAAACAAAUAAUAGAAGACAAAAAAAGACGUUUGAUGAACAGAUAAGAGUUUAAAUCUGGGUGAUACUCUUCACAAGAAAUUUACCUUUAUUAGUAUAAUAAAAAGAUAAAAAUUUUCGUUGUUUAAAUCUGGAGUCCUCUGAAAUAUUUACGUCUUAUAUUACAGGUCAUUUUGUGAUAUAUGAAUGAUUUGAGUGAGUUCUUUCUCAAUCCAGCUUCGGAAGCUGUUUUGUUGGUUAUUGUUUUUUGAUAAUCCUAAUAUUUUGUCUUGUGUGUCACUUUUGAUAGCAUUUUCUGUUAUAUGUAAAUCAUGCUGAAUAUUAGUGAUAUGUUGGUUAUAUAUUGAAGAUGUGUUAAGUAUGUUUAUUGUCAUUCUGAGGUAUAUGUGUAUAUAUGCUGUGUACAUAUAUAGCCAUCACUGUAGAUAAUCAUUUUUACUUGGACUCAGAUUUUGAUCUCGCUGUGGUUACUUGUGCUAUUUGUGACUAGUGACUUUAAAGUACUGUGCUAUAAAAUUCUCACCUAUUCA